AUGCGAGCACCUGUAAAAGCGGAACACCUGUCAAAAUGUGCAGCAUGUGACUUUGUGCGAUACUGUAGCAAAGACUGCCAGCGAUUGGCAUGGAAGAUACAUAGGCCAGAGUGCAGACGGCUGAAAGCGGUGUUUCCAAAUCUCCCACUUACCGAAGUUCUGUUUCUCUCGAAAAUUAUCGAUCGUGUGGUUUUCCUGGCGAUGUAUGGGGACAAAUUCAAUUGGGAACGAGAGAGAAAAUUCUCUUCACUAGUGGACCACAAAAAGGACAUUAGGUAUGCACUAAUACUUCUCUUCCAACCCAUUUCUUCGCACGGUUUCACAGCAGGACUGCACUUCUAUUAUCACUUGUUCAAAAAAAGGAUUUUGGAGGAAAGUCCAACUUAUCCCUAUAAUUUUGACCUAAUUUACCAUCCAACUGCUUUUUUACCAAUCCCGAGGAAUGUGUUACCCAUAUCAGCAUCUGGCUGCUAUUUACGCUGAAA